UGCAGCACAUCCCCGACCUGGCUGCCCCCCUGUCAGCUUCUAAAGUGAAAGAGUGGUUGUUUGUAUCCGGACUUUCGGGUCACACUAGGGCCAGCGUUUGAAAGCAGUUGCUCUUCUUGACCAACGAGGACCACCCAAGGAUAUCAUUUGGACAGUCAGUCACAAUAGCUGCCGUCAACAGAUGAUGCUGUUAAUGGGGAAGGGCCUCCACUCGUGUACUUCUAAAGUCUCGAAUAACCCUCUGAGUGCGGUUAGCUGCCAUCCAGCCUUCUGUGCCCAGGCUGCAGCUGCUCAACUCCCACUGCAAAAGCCCUGCAACUACGCAAGCCCUGCUCCGACUACGCAAGCCCUGCUCCGACUACUCAAGCCCUGCUCCGACUACGCAAGCCCUGCUCCGACUACGCAAGCCCUGCUCCAACUACGCAAGCCCUGCUCCGACUACUCAAGCCCUGCUCCAACUACGCAAGCCCUGCUCCAACUACUCAAGCCCUGCUCCGACUACGCAAGCCCUGCUCCGACUACGCAAGCCCUGCUCCGACUACGCAAGCCCUGCUCCGACUACGCAAGCCCUGCUCCGACUACGCAAGCCCUGCUCCGACUACGCAAGCCCUGCUCCGACUACGCAAGCCCUGCUCCGACUACGCAAGCUCAGCACAACUACACUUUCAGCAGAUGUUCGCUGAGUUUUCUCGUUUUCCUCUAUCUGAUUCUAUUCGUUUUUGCCCUUGAGUUUAUGUUUCCACUUGUUUCCUCCUUGGUUGACAUUUGAGGAGUCAAGCAAACUGUGCACUCACCGGCUUGGUAGUAAGUACAAGCUGUGGAAAUGUUUCCGACAUGCUCUCUAAUAAAGUUCUCAAUU